AUGGCCGAGAAAAAUCAAUGGACAUGUUGCGCUUGGAGAGCGAUCCUUGUCUCCGCUUUUGCUUUAGGCGUUCUUGUUUGCAUCGCGAUCUCCGUUGUUUUGCUGUUAACACAGAAACCGGUAAACUUGGGCGAAGUCGGUGAUGCGGCGGCGUGGGACACAGGGAAUGUGUCGAUUCGACGGAAACCUGCUCAUUAUCGACCCUUCACAUUCGAGGAUUUGCUCUCAAAUAAGCAACACGUUCGAUCAAUGUAUUCAGUGAAGUGGUUGGCAGAUGAUAGUUUGAUCAUUGCAGCCGAGCCAACGAUUCCAUUAGAAGAGGAUGGUGCCUCGUUGAAUAUAAUUCGAUCGAACAAUUUCUCGGAGGAGUUGUGGGUGCCCGACUCUGAGUUUAUCGCUGGUUUUACAGGUGAUUUAUCAGGUGAACGCGUGAAAUUCUCUCCAUCAGGCAAAUAUGUAGCGUUGAGCAAGUUGCUUUCUCACGGUUUUCGUCAUUCUGAAGAUUCUCUCUACCAAAUCGCUAAAAUCAGUGAUGGAAAAUUAUCGAAAUAUACAUUUGUUGGUCCAAAAGGAACAGGUCUCGAAGCAAUCUCGAGUUUUCGAUGGAAUCCGAAUCCAGAAAAACACGAUUUUAUUUUUGUCUCCGAUUUUAACGUCUACUACCAGAGUGACCCUGGAGCACCAGGAUCGGCGAUCGCUUUGUCUGAGAAUGGAAAAUCUUUCUAUCGAUAUGGUCUUGCCGAUUGGCUGUAUGAGGAAGAGAUCUCUCCAAGUGCGACAUUUUGGUCGGAUCGGGGUGAGAUGAUUGCUUACAUUCGUUAUGAUGAUCAAUUCGUUCACAAAGUUUACGUUCCCAAAUAUUUCAACACUCGACAAUACACAGAUUAUUUGGAAGUGCCGUAUCCAAAAGCUGGUGUACAGAAUCAACCUGAAGUCACCUUAUUUUUAUGGAAUGUUAAAGAAAACAAAAAAGUCGUUAUUUCACCGCCCGAUGAGCUGAUGGCGAGGAAUUUAUCUUAUUACAUUUUCUCAAACAAUUUCAUUACGGUGGCAAUGAAUGGGACAAGAGAAGAGAAAUUGUUGACUUUUUGCCCCCAUCAAUACACUGAUGGCAAUAUCUAUCAACAUAUCGCACACAUUCGCGUACAGGACGAUGGCUCAGGACGAAUGACGACUUUUCACGGUGGGACAUAUGAUGUGAUCAAGCUACACGGAUAUGAUCAAGAAAAGGACACUUUAUUUUACGAGUCAUCUGGUGGUGGGAUCGCUUUCAAGCGAUUGUUCCGAGUUCGAAGUGCUAGCACGAGAUUGGCUCAGAUUCAAUGCAUUAGCUGCUCGGUUCCAAAUUGUGAUUCAGCCACGAUAUCGGUCUCUCCACGGGGUAAACGUGUGGCUUUGACGUGUAAUCGAGCUUUUGACAAUGGGCGGCUUUACCUCAUGAAUACAGCCAAUAAUAACGAGUUUCAUCAGCUCAGAGGCUUCGAGGCACCUCGUUUAGCUUUUGAUGAGCCGAUUAUCACUUUCGAGAAAGUUAUGUUGGUCUCAAAGAUUGAAGCUCACGUGGGAAUCAUGCGACCGCCAAAGUUCGAUCCAACUGAAACGUAUCCCGUUUUGUUGGAUGUUUACGGUGGUCCAAAUUCCUACAUUAACAGCUUGGAGACGCCGUGGGAUUUCUUGGUAUACCUUUGCUCAACAAGACAGAUGAUUGUUGUCUACAUCGAUGGCCGAGGUUCAAAACAUCGUGGCUGGGAUGUGAAGGGACCGAUUCGGAAUUCGUUUGGAGGACCUGAAGUCGAUGAUCAAAUUGAUGGGAUGAGAAAAAUCAUUGACAAGUACCCGUGGAUGAACAAAAAAGCGGUGGCUGUUUUGGGAUGGUCUUACGGUGGUUUCCUCUCAACGCAUAUUGGGGUGAAAGACAAUGGGAACGUUUUUCGGUGUUCUCUCGCCGUCGCUCCGGUCUCCGAUUUUCUGCUAUAUGAUUCCGCUUACACCGAGCGUUAUAUGGGUCUACCGACGGAAAAUCCCCAAGGAUACAAUAGCUCUCGCCUCACCGACAAGAUCACCAAGAUGAGAAAUGUGCACUAUCUAUUGGCGCAUGGAAGUGCAGAUGACAACGUCCACUAUCACAAUGCGGCUUUAUUGGCGGGUGCUCUUCAGGAGAACAAUAUUCCAUUCACUCAACUCGUCUACACAAAUCAGGAUCAUUCAAUGGACGAUGGCUCUGGACGGAUGACGACUUUUCACGGUGGGACAUAUGAUGUGAUCAAGCUACACGGAUAUGAUCAAGAAAAGGACACUUUAUUUUACGAGUCAUCUGGUGGUGGGAUCGCUUUCAAGCGAUUGUUCCGACUUCGGAGUGCUAGCACGAGAUUCGCUCAGAUUAAAGGCGGCAAA